AAGCAUCUUAUUGCUUCUUAAUUACAAUUAUUACUUUACAAUUAUAAUAUUACAAUUAUAUCAACGUUGGUCGGUUAGUGUGUGAGGCUGGAGGCGGUGUUGUUGUUGUUGUGGUCUGAGAGGAAGAGAUCACCGCUGGCUGCACACGCCGCGGCAGGCGAACAUCUUCACGCUAACUUAACGUACUAUAAAGAAGAAGACGCUGCUGGUUAGAACGGCGGGUAUAUUGCUCUUGUAAUAAGGACGCGACAGCGGUCGGUAGAGGUUCGUGCUAACGUGCCCGUUACGUAGUGCAGGUGGUCCAUAAUGAGUAAGAAGUGUCGGCAGUGUGGUUCAACUUCAUUUAGUAUAGAAGCUGGUCUGAAAAUAUGUGACCAGUGUGGAGUAGAGCAAAAGGGCUAUAUUGAGCUUGAGAGCCAAGAACUCAUCUCUGAAGUUGAUCGGUCACGCUUUGCCUCCAAGCGGUUUGAUGAGGAUGACGAGGCAGAAGUUGCUAUACAAGAAGACAAAGAGUUAAAUAACUGGACAACAUAUGAAGCAUAUAAUGUUGUUCUGUAUGAAUGGACUCAAGCAUUAUGUGGUCUUGGAGCUUCACAACACUUCAAACAGGUUAUAUAUAAGCUUUGGGUGAUGUACCUUCAUAAUCUUGAAAUUGCCUUCUUGAAGCCAGCAUCUUCUAAUAAGAGACGAAGUAGUGGAAGUAAUAAAGAUGCUCAGCCAAAAGUUUCCCUGAUCCAAAGCCCAAGAGAUGUCCAGCUGAUCAAUUUUGGGAAAGAGAGUGUAUGUUCUUCCUCAAUGUCAGUCUUCAGUGACAGAAGGAAAAAGAAGAAGAAGAAGAAAGAAGUAUCAGAAUUAGACAAUUUAAAGAAAAAGACAGAACGUCAAAAAUAUCUUAAGGAAUUUAAGUCCAGUAAAAAUUCUUCAAUGAUGAGUUGCUCAUUAUCCCAAGAGCUAAGUAAAUCACUGUCGGAGUGGGAGUCAACCUCGUUUAUCUCGAACUCUGCCGCUCCAUCCUUUAACGAUGAGGAAUCUGUAUAUUCUGGAAACAUGGAUCAUCCGUCUGACGUGUCCAAUGCAAUGUCAGAGGACUGGCAGUCAUUCAUUACUGGCGGCGGUGAUACAUACAACCGACAUGAUUUUGAUUAUUCACAAACAGACGAAGAUGAGCCUCAAGAAUCUAGAGUUGAAGUGUGUCGAAAUAAGUUUGUCCGUAAUUGGAUACUGCAGCGAACAAGAAUGUACGAGAGCGAAAAUGAAGGCGAGGAAAUAAAUGGAAGUAUAUUUGAAGAAGCUAAACAGGAAGUGCCUUUUGAUUGUCAUAGCAAAAAGUCAUCAUUUAAUGCAAGCUCUUCUCAGAAAUCAGACCUAGAUUCACAAGUGAAAAAAGCUCAAAGGAUAGCACAGAUGAAAAGAGCUCGAAGGAAAGCACAGAAGAUAACUGCUUCUCAACAACGUUGGUUCAGAACCAAACAAGCACUUCAUAUAUCCUUUCGGAAACUUCUUGGUUUACUGUACCUUGCAGUAUUGAUAGCUAAAGAAGAAAUCCUUUUGCUGGACAUUAUUCGGUGGUGUCGAGAGGGCCACAUUCCAUACAUGUCGGCUCAGUACCUGUUAAAGCCAGAUAUGAAAUUAUUUUCUCGUGAUUUGUUUAUGCUAAGAGAGACCCAGACUCUCCCAACUGCAGAAGAGCUACAAUCUAUUAUUGGAAAUUUAGUUCUGUUUCUCAACAUACAAAGUGUACCUCUACCAUCUGUCAACGAUGUGAUAAUGAGGCUAGUCAAGAUUCUACGUUUACCAGAGUCGGUAGGACUCUUGGCACAAAAAGUUAAAGGACUGGAGAAGACUGUUUACCAUAAUAAACAAGGUUUUAAAUUUCCGGCUAUCGAGUCUCUGGCCAUGGCAUCCAUUAUUAUAGUGCUUAAAGCGUGUUAUGGUGUGAAUGACCACACAGAAGUACAACUUUCUCGUCUGGCUGUCAAGAUUAAUGAGGAGAUUCAGCCCCGUGCUAAAAUACCACCACUCUUUUCAUGGGAUGAAUGGGAGAGGUACAUGUGUAAAGUGGUGUGGUUCUGUAACCAAAUAGAUCCUGUGUCGGCAGAAAAUUCCCAGAAGUUUGAAGAGUUGGUGACAAUGGAUUCCUCACAAUUUGAAAGAUUUUUCUGGAGUGAAGGAAUUUGGAGAUAUCCAAAAACUUUGAGAGAAGAAAAAAAAAUAGUUCCGUUUGUACAAAAAAUUCUUGAAUGGCAAGGUGACUCACUUGAGAAGAAGUUUAGUCAGCCCACCAUAUUCAAGCCAACACAUGAUCCAUUUCUGAAAAUCAUUGAGCAGUUUCUAGCGCAGCACAGAGCUGAUAAGCACAACAUUCAUAAUAUGGUUAAGGUGGCUGAAAAACUCGUGGAAACAUCCUUCUCUCACCAUACUGUAGAUUGGACAGGCAAAUUAGGCAGUUUGCAAGAGAGUUUGAAGACUUGCAAUUCAGAUAUUAUUCUUAUGUCAGAAAAAGAUGCCAAUCAAGCAAAAAAGAAAAAACUGGGCUCAAAACAGAGAGAAAAUGGAAGGAAAACUGCACGAGGGAACACACUGGUUAUUCCUGUGCCUCUAGAAAAGGUUUGGAGGAUUAAAAAAUUCAAUAAAUCCAACUGGAAGAGAAUAUAUGAUUCUUGUCCUUCCAGUUUCAAGUGGCUUGUUCACCUUGGAAGCCUGGUUUGUGAGACAACUGAUAAACACAUUUUCUCUGGCAUUAUAAAGCUUGAUAGGAAAAGACCAACCAAGGGACGUUGACAUGGAAGAUUGAAUUGCUUCUGAAUAGCUAGGGGUGUGAGGUUUUGAUGGGUAGUGCAGAAGUCGGCACAGUCGACUCGACCAAAAGAUUCUGGAAUCGACUCCCGGGUAGGACAAGACAUUUUGAAAUAUCUACUUACACCUCAUUCUGUUCAUCUAGUAGUAAAUAGGUAACCAUGAGUUAGGCAACGUUGAUAAUAAUGAUAAACCCAACCCAGUUACUUGUCCCCAAACUUUGAUAUCAAUUAUCUUAAAACAUAUCUAAGAAGUUUUGAUUAUUCUGUGACAUAGUAUUUAUAUACACUAUAUAUGACUGCAUAUUCUGUGUUCAUUAUUAUUUUGUUUAGGGCUUCUAUCCCUCUGACUAGUGCUCUUGCAUCUUGGUUUAAUUGGAAGAGGAUUUCUUCAAAUGUUAU